AUGUUCAUCGGCAGCUCGUGGCUUCACGCGCCGCCUCUACGUUGUUCAUAUUUCACCACUAUCUCUCCUGCAUCGUCGCAGCUCAACAACAACAAUCACUUACCGAUGUCGACUUCUGUUCGCAUUGCCGUCGUUGGUGACGUUCAUGAUGAUUGGAAUCUUGAAGAAGAUGCCAAAGCUCUUCAAUUUCUGCAGGUGAAUAUUUUUCUUCACAUUUUCUCCGCCUCCCAUUUUUCUGGCACUGAUUUUAGUGAACUUUCAGAUAUGUAAUGCAUACCGGUAAAUUCUGUGUUUAUUUGGAAUUUGCAUUCAAAUAUGCGUAUAUGUAUGUAUGUGAGUCCCCAUCAGAGUAGUGCUUCAAUUUGUAAAUGCAUUAUACUAUCAAAUUUGAAUGUGUAAGCUAUCUUUUUUGUAUGAAAAUUGAGGACAUUCGAGGGUUAAGAUACAAUAUUAAGGGCCGAAUUAUAGCUAAUUGAGAUUGUUCGUGAUUGAUUAUAA